AACUGUAAUAUACUGUGUAGGGCUGUAAUGAAUGACUGAUGUGUGGUGGCACUUCCUUCACUUCCUUUCGAGUUCGGUGUUUAGACGAGUUUCGACACAGUUCAAACCGCUACAAUGGUUGCACAAAAGAAACAGAAAAAGGCUAUGGAGAGUAUCAACUCCAGGUUAGCCUUGGUGAUGAAAUCUGGAAAGUAUGUUUUAGGCUACAAACAGACACUAAAAUCGCUUCGUCAAGGAAAAGCUAAACUUGUCAUCAUUGCCAACAAUACUCCUCCACUUAGGAAAUCAGAAAUUGAAUAUUACGCUAUGUUGGCUAAGACUGGUGUGCACCAUUACACUGGAAAUAAUAUUGAACUAGGUACUGCUUGUGGCAAAUACUUCAGAGUUUGUACAUUGUCUAUUACAGAUCCUGGCAAUUCUGAUAUCAUAAAAUCUAUGCCCACAGGUGAUCAAGCAUAAUUUAUAUGGUACAUUUUUUAUAAUUUAAUGGUAAAUAAAUUAUACAGUAAAAGACAAAA